AUGCCAUGUGUCCUUGCCGUUAGAUUUUGCGCCAUUACUGGGAAAAUGCAAACAAAAAGAAUUGCAAAGGCUGCAAGGACGCAUACUUCGACAAGAUGCGAUGGGUGUCAGCCAGCACGCCAUAUUGUGGGACAAAUGGGGCGACUGAGAGUGGCUCGUAAAUGGAGCGAGUGCGUUGCUCCACAGGGGACGCGCAACCGACGGCCUGCGGGGGAUGGCAAAACACGCGGCAGAGUCCGACUCCGUGGGUGCUUCGCAUCUAGCACUCCGGCUUACGCCAUGGGCGAACCUGUCGGAACGAGAAGGGGAAGCUCGAGUCUACUCACAUCUCAUUCGGACUUGGCGGUUAGCAGCCAGAGGCAUGUCAGCAACCGCCUUCCGAGCCGGCGAAUAUCCGACUCAGCUUAUCCCGCAGCGCAUCGUUUGCCACCGUGGUCCUCCUGGCAAGGAUGUUUUUUUUGGCCACUCUCAGUCCUGUUAAUCGGCGGUGCUAUCACCAGUCGGUGA